ACAAACCGGUAUCGUGUUGCCGGCUCACGGCUGAUAAACAUAACAUUAGUUAUUAGUGCCCAGAGCUCACUUUCAUCGUGUUUGAGCCGCACAUCUUUUAUACAGCUACUUACCACGAUGGGUUUUCUUGUAAAAGCGGUGCUCGUUGCCGCGCUAGGCGUGGGAGCAUGGUUUGCCUUCAAGUGCUCCAAACCUCAAACCCUACCCCGCUUCGAUAGUGACGAGUGGUGGGGACCAAAGGAGCUGAAAGGAACCAAACAAGACCAGAGCAUCAGACCGUUUAAGGUCAAAUUUGAUGAGGAGAUGAUAAAAGACUUAAGACAUCGUUUGAAGAACCACCGUAAAUUCACGCCACCUCUAGAGGGAGUAGGCUUUGAGUAUGGGUUCAAUACGGCUCAACUCGACUCCUGGUUGAACUACUGGGCUGAAAAGUACAACUUCAGCGAACGUGAAGCUUUCCUUAACAAGUUCCCUCACUACAAGACUAAGAUUCAAGGCUUGGAUAUUCAUUUUAUCAGGGUUAAGCCCCAGCAAGUCCCCAAAGACGUGGAAGUAAUCCCUCUCCUCAUGGUACACGGGUGGCCAGGGUCUGUGCGAGAGUUCUACGAAGCAAUCCCUAUGCUCACCCGUCAGACCCCUGGAUACAACUUCGUCUUCGAGCUGAUCAUGCCCAGUAUACCUGGCUACGGUUUUUCAGAGGGUGCAGCAAGACCCGGCUUGGGUAUGCCCCAAGUGGCUGUGAUCUUCAGGAAUCUGAUGAACCGGCUCGGCCACCAGAAGUUCUACGUGCAAGGAGGUGAUUGGGGCGCUGGUAUCAUAGCUACCAUGUCCACCUUGUUCCCUGAAGACAUUCUGGGAUCUCACUCCAAUAUGUUGUUCACUCAGAACUCUUGUGGAACGCUGAAGACCUUGCUCGGUGCCUUCUUCCCCUCACUGGUGAUCGAAGACCGUCUCGCAGAUAGGAUGUACCCACUGUCCAAGAUGUUCGCUUACAUCAUGGAAGAGUUUGGUUACAUGCACAUUCAGGCUACUAAACCUGAUACCGUUGGUGUUCCUCUCAACGACUCCCCUGCCGGUCUUCUCGCGUACAUUCUGGAGAAGUUCUCCACCUGGACCAAGAAGGAGUACAAGUACAAACCAGACGGUGGUCUUAGUGCCAGGUUCACGAAAGACCAGCUCAUCGACAACCUCAUGAUCUACUGGUCUACUAACUCCAUCACAACAUCCAUGAGGUUCUAUGCUGAGAACUUUUCCGAUAAGAUGAGAGAACUUCAAUUGGACCAGUUAACAACACCAGUACCAACAUGGGCGCUCCAAGCUAGAGACGAGCUCUUCUACCAGCCUCCAAGCAUCCUGAAGACUAAGUUCCUCAACCUGCUAGGCAACACAGUCUUGGAUGAUGGAGGGCAUUUCCUAGCCUUCGAGCUACCUGAAGUCCUCACAGCCGAUGUGUUCAAGGCAGUCAAAGUAUUCAAAGAAUGGCAUCAAAAGAACAAGAAGACUGAACUGUGAUUUGGUUGUUAUUAAAUGUUUUUUAUAGUAUUUUUUUUUAA